CCAGUCGAUGAUACAUCUAUCUGUCAUUGCUUCCUGAACGACACAUUUACCAUUGAUAGGGUUGAAAGUGGUAUGACAUGUAAAUGCACACUUUCUGGUAGCACUUCAACUGAGACUCUUUCUCACUACAAAUCAUUGACACAAUUCAAAUAGGCAUAUUAUUGUUAGAAGAAUCUCCACUUCACCCAUUAACUCAAGAGGACAUCCUUUUCAGUGAAGCAAUCCAAAGAGGAGGGAGCGAAAAGCUUUAAAAGAAAUCAGAAAACUCAUCAUACUACAACAAGCAUCCACACACCGUCCCAGAGCUACUGUUGCAUAUUGAGAUUGUAAUAUUUGAUAGUAAAAAAUCCUUGGCAGCACUGAGGUGAAUCUAUCUUUAUAGUGGCUAAGAUGUUUGUGGACGAGCGGAUUGUUACUCUGUUCAAAAGGAAUGCCCAUCACACACUGACUUACUGGAGUGUUUUCUUCAGCUUUGGACUCUGCAUUGCUUUCCUUGGACCUACAAUUUUGGACUUGCAAUGUCAAACGAACUCGACACUUAGUCAGAUUACCUGGGUGUUCUUUUCCCAGCAGUUCUGCCUGCUGAUCGGCAGCUCUAUUGGUGGUGCUUUCAAGAGGACGUUGUUCAGUGCUCUGUCUGCCUUAUUUGUCUCUGCUCUCGUCAUCUCUGUAAUAUUUGCCAUCAUCCCUCUGUGCAAUAAUGUCCUGUUGCUGGCCAUUGCCAUGGCUGUGUCUGGUUUUGCAAUGGGAAUUAUUGACACCAUCGCUAACAUCCAACUGGUGACCAUCUAUCAGAGGGACUCGGCUGUUUUCUUACAGGCUCUUCAUUUCUUCAUUGGGUUCGGAGCCCUGGUGAGCCCACUGAUUGCAGAUCCUUUCCUAUCCGAGACAGGCUGUGGGAAUAACACAGGGAAUGGGACUGAGAUCAUGCAUCAUUUCAGGAACAUGCUGAGAAACAGUCCAAUCGCAGAGCACAACAUAACUCAGAUCCACCUGCCCCAUGAGGGAGAGGAAGAGGAGUCCAACGUGCACUAUGCCUUUUGGAUCAUGGCAGUGAUCAAUCUGCCUGUGCCCAUGGCAGUCCUGUUCCUGAUGUAUCGGGAGCAGCUGAUCCCAUGCUGCCGUAGUAGCACUCCUCGUCUCCUGGACAAAGAUGAACUAGCCAUGGAGAACCAGCAGGGGGCCGAGGGCCCAGAUGUAGAGCAAAAAGAACAUGAAGCAGGAGGUCAUGGGGAUAUCUUUAGCUGCUGUCGGAAUGAUAACCUGCGCGAGCUGCCAGUAUCCUUCUUUAUGAUUCAUGUCCUUGGCGGGAUGGUGCUCUUCAUGACUGAUGGUAUUGUGGGUGCAUAUGCUGGCUUCGUGUACACAUAUGCAGUUGCACCGCCUAUGUCAUUGCCUCACAAGACAGCAGGUUACCUGGCCAGUAUCUUUUGGGCAGCGAUCACUGCUGGACGUCUGUUGUCCAUACCUCUUUCAUACCGUUUCCAGCCUGUGAGACUGCUAAUGUUCAACCUGGCAGGUGCUAUUGUUACUGUGUUGAUGCUGCUUAUUUUCUACACCAGCAACACCUUUCUGUUUGUCGGAACAUGUUUAUGUGGGCUUUUCCUCAGCAGCAUCUUCCCCUGUAUGCUUGCCUACACUGAAGACAUCCUUGAUUACCAGGGAUGUGCAACUUCAGUCCUGGUGACAAGUGCAGGGAUGGGAGAGAUGGUAAUGCAGGUUCUGGUUGGCUCAAUUAUCCAGACAGAAGGCAGCUACAGCUUCCUGCUAUGUGGAAUGAUAAUCGCCUGCAUCGGUUUUAUUCUUUUCAUUGGUCUCCUGCUGUUCCAUCGGAUGCACAGAAAUUACCUCGCAGGAACAACAAAAAAGUCUGCCAUGGUGGAUGAACCAACACCCGAACAGAAUGGAUCCACUAAAACUGAACAGAAAGAGGAAACAGAGACCAGCUGAGAGUGGAUAUCAUUAAAUUAGCGACUAUGAAUUUUCCUCAAAGACUCUAAAUGUUUUACUUAAGUCCACCAAAUGAAUAUUGGGUAGAUAUAUUUUUAUUGUGCCGGACAUUACAUUGUCUUUUCAAAGUAGAGAGUGUUCAUCAAAUUGUAGACUUGUGUUCUGUUUAUGUUGCAUCAGGGUUUGAAAUUUUAGGAUUAGAAUUGUAUCAGCAGUUUUCCACUGAAAAUAUACAUGUAGUGUAAAUUUAUG